ACUCUCGGCUCUGCGGCCUCGACUCCACUUCGACUCCACUUCGACUCCACUUGAGCCAAGCUCACACAGUCCACUAUGGCGCAAACGGACGCCGCGCCUCGCCGCGCAGCGCUGCUGAGCCUGCCAGCCGACAUGCUCUGCAAAAUUGCCUCCCACGUAGUCGCGCCUGACCUCGUGGUCGCCGCUGGUCGAGACGUGUCGGCGCGGACGGCGCUGCGCAAGGGCACGGACGCGGCCGAGCGGUCGCGAUUCGGCGGCAUCGGUCUCACGGUGAGCGAAGCCGAGCAGGUCCUGCGGACGCGGUAUUGGGAUUGGCUGGGUGACGUUGAUCUGGACUCUCGCGAAUCGGUCAGGGAGAGGCUCGACCAGCCGUACAUUGUGUUUGAUCGCUAUAAGAAGGACCACCCGGAUGCUCCUGCAACAGUCGAACGGACUGGGGUCGCUUCGCAGUUGAUUCGAACCAUCAUUGCAUACGGCGCGGAUCCCGCGGAACCAAUUGGAGGAACAACCCCGCUGCACUUCGUGGCGGCAUAUGUCCCUCAAGAUGCGAUCAUACUCACCAAACUACUUCUGGCGGCAGGUGUCGACAUGGACGUUGAGGGCUGUCCAAUUGACUGCGCCGGCACCUGUGCUCUCUCCUGGUGUAUUUGUUCGACUGGUGAUUGGACCGACGAGAGAUGCGCUCUAGCGACGUUUCUCGUCGAGCAAGGGUGCGACGUCGUCAAGGCCGACGCUGGCUACGAAAUAGGUCACCACUUUGAUGACAGUUCGUCGCUGCUCUCCAGGCUAGAGACGAUCCCCGGGCCUAUAACGCCGGGGACUGAGCGGCUCAUGGGCCUCAUCAGCGCCGCGCUUGAAGCGGCAGGGCCAGAGCGCCUCGAGGCGGCGCGAACUGCCGCGCGUAUCCGUCACGAAGCUGCUGAAGCCGAGAUGCACGACGUUGAAAGCGGCGACUAUUGAUAGUAAUAUAAUUGUGC